UCGAUUCACUAUACCUGUCAAGGUCACGUGAGUACAUGCACUGUAGUAAACCUAACGCGAUUGCGGAGAUGAGAUGAAUGAGCCCCAAGACAAACUAUUGAAAUAAACGCAAUGAAAUACGUCAUUGAGCACAUGGAAGAAGGCUUUUCCGAAUGGGUUAUUCUUGAGUACUCUCAAAUCAUAAGGGAUGUUGGAAAAGAAAACUUAAUAUUGACGUCUCUCCCCAAGGAAACGACCGAGAAAGACAUUCCAGACAGACUUCUUUCAUUAGGCUUGCAAUGGACCACCGAUGAGUGUGUUACCCUCGAUGGGGGAUUGAAAUCUGAUCGUGUGUGCUUGCUUGACCCAGCUGCGACAGAGGACUUGUUACCGGAAGACGCAUCUCGGUUUGAUUACUUUGUCUUCGGGGGUAUCUUGGGUUCUCAUCCUCGCAUUGACCGGACCGGAAUUUUGAGAAAGAAAUAUGGGUUUGCAGGUAGAAGAUUGGGUGCUUUGCAAAUGUCAACUGAUACGGCGAUCAGGACAACUCAACUCAUUAUUGAGAAGCAGCAAAAAUUUGAGGACAUUAAGUUCAUUGACUACCCAGAAAUCAGAUACAACAAAUACGAGUCCACUGAGAUGCCUUUUAGAUAUGUCUUGGACUCGGAGGGAAUUCCAAUUUUGCCCGAAGGUAUGUUGAAGUUGAUCGAGAAAGAUGCUGACCAAAGUAUAGAUGAUUUGUUGAUUGAGUAGAGCUCAUAACCGAUUUCUUCACCUGACCUUGCCUUAAGAAAUAAACAAG